UGUGCACGAUGAAUAAGUAAUGAUGCAACAUAUUUUUUCAGUCUCUCUGCGACUAUAUAUUUAUCUUUCGCAGUGAUCUCAAUAUAAUUUUAUAAAGACUCGACUGCUGCGCAUCGUCAUUUGGAGGUUAUAAUGGAAUAUUAAGUGCACUGAAAAACGAUUACAGUAUCAACAUUAAUUAUUAGUAUUUUUUAUGACUAAGCAAAGGAUGGAGCUGCAUGAGAAUCCUGCUAAAACACAAUUGCACCCCAGAUUGUGGCGUAGCAUACCAGAACGCAUAUCCAAGGGAAUAGAACAUUUUUUUUAUCGGCUGGGAAUACAUAUUUCUCAAAAUCCAUUCAAGUGGUUAUUAGGAUGUUUUAUCAUAGUGUUAUUCUGCCUUUCGGGAUUGUUUUGUUUCCGACAGGAAAAGAAUCCUGUAAAACUUUGGUCUCCACCAGAUUCUAGUUUUGCGUUAGAUACUGACUGGAUAAUGUCACAUUUUGAGAAUGGUUUACGAAUUGAAACAUUUAUUUUGACUGGUAAUAACGUUUUAGAACAGCAAACACUUAUUAAGUUAAAUGAAAUAACUAAACAAAUAAUCUCUAUUCAAACAUCAAUUGAGAAAAUUUCUUGGAGAGAUGUUUGUAUGAAAAUUCCUUCCAUUGCUGGCUUUACACGUAGAACAAAGAGACAAAGCUCUCUCUCAGAAGAUAUUUUUGAAGAUGAUUUUACUUCAAAAGUUAAUCAAACAUUGUUUGAACCCGCUAUUCAUACUGAUACUAAAUUCUAUUGCGACAUAUUAAAUAGCCUUCCUAUGGCUUGUCUUAUGUUCAGUAUUUUAGAUAUAUGGAAUUUUGAUAGUGCUAAAAUUGAAAAAGAUUCCAUAGAAGAAAUUAUUGCAAAGAUAAAUACAGUAAAAGUCAGUCCCACAUUGGGUCAUACCAUGAAUUUUAGUGAACUUCUGGGAGGUGUAACUUUGGAUGAAAAAGGUAGAAUUAUUGCUGCGACAGCUAUAAAGACGGAAUUGAUGAUUCAGAUUAAGUUUGUCAAUGUGGAUAUGGAUAAAAGUGGAAACACCGCGGGAACUGCUGAUUGGGCAACAGAUGAGGUAUUGACUUGGGAAUCGACUUUUUUGAAACUUGCUACAAAGAUUUCAAACGAAUUGCAAAGUGAGAAAAAUAAUAAUCUGGCAUUUUAUUAUGAAGCUGGCAGAAGUUAUGGGGAUCUUAGUGGGUCAACUAUGUUUCAAGAUAUAGACAAAUUGAUUGUAGGAGUAGCAUUAAUGUUUUUCUACAUUUUGGCGAUAUUGUCAAAUCAUAAUUGGGUGGAAUGGCGGUUUUGUCUUACUAGUAUUGGACUAUUCUGUGUGGGCAUUGCAUUUUUGCUUGCGGUGGGAAUAUGCUCUCUAAUUGGCAUCCCUUAUGGGCCAAUACAUACAUCUUUGCCAUUUUUACUCUUGGGUCUCGGAGUAGAUGAUAUUUUUGUAUUUAAUGCAUUUUGGAAACAGAUACAUACUGAUGAAUUAAUUUUAAGUAAAUCACUAACAGAAAGGAUCGGGCUUACGUUAGGUCGUGCCGGUUCUGCUAUUACUGUUACUUCGUUCACCGAUAUUAUAGCCUUUAUCAUUAGUGCUACCACAACAUUACCAUCGCUUCGAUCAUUUUGUAUUUAUGCUGCGGUGGGCAUAUUUAUGACAUAUUUAUUACAAGUUACGUUUUUCGUUGCCUGUUUUACCUUAGACGCCAGAAGAAUAGAACAAAAACGAAAUGGAACGUUACCAUGUAUCGUGCAUGAAAAUUUUACACUCAAGUUAUCGGAUCCAAGCAAAGUAUUCUCCUGGAAAUGCAUACAUGCUUUGUACUCGCGCGCAAUAUUAACUAUGCCAGGCAAAAUUAUAAUAAUAAUAACUACGAUCGCAAUGAUGUUGAUAAGUAUCGCGGGCACGCUCCAACUGAAACAGGGGUUUGAUCCAGCAUUGUUGAUACCGAAAGGAUCAUACUGGGAUCAGUACACAAUCAUAAACAGUAAAAAAUUUUCCGAGCAAGGAGUUGAAGCUUUCAUUCUUAUGGGAGACGACAUUGAUUAUCCCUCUGAAUUUUCUAAGAUAAUAUCUCUAACAGAACGCUUGAAGAAUGAGUCUUUUAUUCAAAAUAUAGAACCUUGGCCGAUUAACUUUGCAAAAUUCGUAUCGACGUACUAUGACACAGAUUUAAAAACUACGAAAAUUACAAAUGACCAUUUUUACCAUUAUCUGUCGAAAUUUCUUAUUAGCCAAACUGGUGGCAAGUAUCAGAGAAAUUUCGUUUUUAAUGAAACUUUUAUAUGUGGUAAAAAAGCUCCACAAAUCAUAGCAACAACUAUUGAAUUUAAAUUCAUACGAUUUGUGAGUCCCUCCGAGUGGAUUCCAGCAAUGGAUGAUAGUAAACAUUUAGUGAGUAAAGCACAAAUUGAGGGUUACAUCACAGUGUGGAGCAAAUUAUUUGGACCUUGGACCUCUGAUAAAAUGAUCAUUCAAGAAAUAUCACGUAAUCUCAUACUAGUAUUGAUCUGCGUCAUGGGUACUACAAUAAUACUCAUUGCUGAAAUGCACACCUGUUGUUGGAUUUUACUCUGUAUACUUCUCACACUGCUAAACGUUUGUGGCUUCAUGUAUUUCUGGGGACAAUCGAUAGACAUGGUCUCCAGCAUUGGUCUCCAGUUGGCUAUCGGUUUAAGCGUGGAUUAUGCCGCGCACGUUGCACACGUUUUCUUGCAUACCGAGACUUCAGAGGAUGACGAUGCUUCUCGCACAACAAGAGCGUUGAUCGCAGUCAGACAUAUCGGUGCGGCAGUUGCACACGGCGCGGGGUCGACGUUGCUCGCCAUAUCGAUGUUAGCAUUCUCAACGUCCUACGUGUUCAUAGCCUUCUUUAAAAUAUUCUUUUUGGUGAUCCUGUUUGGGCUCUGGCAUGGAUUGAUCAUGCUACCGGUAGUGUUAAGCAUUAUUGGGCCAUCAAGUUUACGCGUGACACAGCGACCACAACCAAUGUCCGCCGCUGUGGUUGACGAUGAAGAUUGAAACAGAGAUACGGAUAGUUUGUUUCAGCAAUCUCGUUCUUUAUCAAUAAUAUUUAUUUUUGGUUCAAUAAACAUACAAAAUUAUUACACUAUCCGUACUAGUAAUCACACAUUUAUACAAAAAUAAUAAUUAAUAAUAAUAAUAAUACGUCGGAUAACUUAAAAACAGCAUUAUAUAGAUUUAUAUAUUUAUAUAUAUAUAUAUAUAUAUUUAGAUUAUACAAAAAUUAAGAAAUAAAAAAAAAACAAGUACAAAAUAA